CGCGAGGCUUUGUGCACUGAAGGCUUGUGCGCGGUUUCCAAGCAACAACGGCCAAAUCUAAUAUGGACGAAGAGGCAGUAGGAGCGACCGAUAACAUUGUCACCGAAUUUGCCACAUAUGAAGACUUUCUAGACAGUCAAAUAACCCCAUUAGAUCUCUACUACCUUGAGGUAUUUCAAGGUUUAUUUUGGUCGAAUUUUUACGGAAAUCUCUUCAGUGUAACUUGUCUUCACGAUCAUCGAACCCUUUAGUUUGAUCAAUAUGUUGUCCUCGAUCCUGUAAACCUUUACUUCUAGUCAGUCUUUUGAAAGAAGCUUAUUCAUUCAUCAGAGUUGAGAGAAACUUAUUAAUUCGUCAGAGUUAAAAGAAACUUACUCAUUCAUCAGAUUGUGUUGAGAUUGUAACGAAAUCAAGCCGCGAUGUACAAUUCGAUAAGGUCCAUCUAAAACUUGGUACAAUUGUAUUUACAUUUGAAUACCUUAUUUAAUGUUGAAUUCUUGUUUUGUGUUCUCCCAUAGGAUGAGGAAUUGGCACGACAGCUGGUUGAGUUAGGCUACAGGGGAAGCGGAGAGGUCAGGAUUGAAAAUUAUUUAAUGGAGAAAGAAUUGUAAAACUACUAAUACGUACUUAUAGACUGAGUGAAAGAUAAAAGAGUUGUAAGAGAGAAAAUAUUUAUCAUCUUAUUAUCUCUUUUGCUGUAUUUUAAGUUAAAGUUCAAAAUUUAAUUUAAGUUCUUUGAAUUUCAAAAGAGCUGUGUGAGUGCAAAGGUUUUUUUCAGAUUAGCUCACUUCAACAAUGUGGGCCUACAGAUGUUAGCUUUCACCAUCACAUGGUUUUGUAUAGGAUUGCAAAUGUGAGGCUAUGUGGGUCAUUUGGUGAAAAUACACCACAUAACUAAAUCUUUCCAACAGCUUGAUUUCUAAACUUCACUUCUAUCACCAAGCUUAAAAUAUGCCAUUUACAUGUAGAACUGCUAUUUACUUUGUUGGUUUGUUACUAAUUUAGAAAUUAGAUAAUGCUGAAUGAUUAUUAACUGGUCCUGACUUAUCUUUUUAUGUAUCUAUAAAUUAUUUUAAUAGAAAGCCUUAAACAUUCUGAGUAUUUCAAAUAAUCUGUCAUGUGUAGUAAGAUUAACAAACAGUGCAAAUUUAAUUAGCUAUACUAAUUUGCAACUUAAAAAUUAUUUAUUGUUUCCUGCAUAAUUGUCUUUGUUUUAAGGUUCUGAAAAGGGAAGAAUUUGAGGCCAGAAAACAAGCUGCUGAGGCAAGCAGACUGUCAAAAAGAAGUCAGCAAAAGUAUGAUAUACAUGUGUAAUGUUUUGUGUUUAAUUCCACUGAGUAAUGCAUGACUAGGUACAUAUCAAACCCCUUGAAAUGAAAUCCAAGUCUUACCUUAGAGUGUAUGGAAAAAUGUCUUUCUACUGAAAAGUUAUCAGUGUGCAAGACUGUAUUUUUUCUGUUAUUUCCCCUGCCUCUCUCCACCAGUAUCAAAAAGCAGGGUUGUCACCUAAAGCACCAGAGGAGAGGUCUUAUUUGAAGUAAAACCGGCAACCUAAAAAUUCCUCUGCAAACAAAUUCCCAAUGCCAUCCAAUAACUAGUAGUUUUGAAUAAUUGUUUUCUAGAACUUUGGCCAGCUCUGGCAAAGAUCUUAAAGAUGCAUUCUUGAGGGCAUUAGCCCAGCGGGAAGAAGCAAACAGGAGUGGGAAAAUGACAGUGAGUUUUUACUUUUGGCUGUUUUUCAACUCUUUACUGAAGCCAGUUUAAUCUCAAAACUAGACAAAUAUUUAGUGCUUUUCUAUCUAAAGUAUCGCGAUGUCAACUACAGUGUAAUACUAUUUAGUUUAUGUUUGACCUUAUGUUAUGUGUUGAUACAACUCAUGCUUGAAAUUUUCCCAAAUGCACAGUUUAAAAUUUAAUAAAUAGGAAUGAGUAACUAAGGUUGAUUUUCAUUGAUAAUCUUUAAUGAUUCUUCUUUGUUGUUGCUUUUUUUGUUGUUGUGAAAAUCAAGUCCAUUAUCUUUAUCAGAGACAAGAAUGCCAGAGGGCAGGUAAGAUUUUGAUACCAUUCAUUCAUUGGUUAAAAUUGCAGUGAGCUAAUGGCAACUACAUCACAAGAAUGUACUUUACUGAAACCAUCAUCUUGUUGCUAAUUUUUGUCUUUAUUCUUUCCAGGAAAUAUCAGGCUAUAUUGACUAUGCGCAUCGCCUAAAAGUAAGUUCUAUACAUUGACAUAGAUUCUCAUGGCUCAACAGCUUUUGUAGAAAUUAUUUAAAUUAUGUUAUUAAUUAAAUUAUCAAAGGCAUUUUUAGUCAUUAAUUAUUGAGGCAAAAGUUUCAAUUUCGUUUUAUCAAUGAAACAAAGGUAUUAGUUCCCACUGAAAGGAAACUCUUGUCCUGCAUUAGAGGGAAAGUAAGAUGAUAUUAAUAUGUAGUUUGCUAAAUUGACCUCUAAGAAUUUGUUAAAAUAUUUUCUACCUAAUUUAUAGAUUUUUAUAUGCAACUGAGUGGUUUCUUUGUUCAGAGUAUUUUUAACCCUUCAAAUGACCUUUCUUGUUACAAUUACAUCACCCCUGAAUUACAACUAGAGUCAUUAAGGUCACAAGAAUAAAGGAAAUGAUCAACAAUUAAUGAAGUUCUUGAUUGUUACACAAAUUCUCCUUGGCAGCACCUCAUAGGUACUGAUGUUAGGGAAGGGUUAACUCCUUAUACCCUAACAUCAGUAUGCAUAUUCUCUUUACUUUCUCUGUACAUUUCUCAAACUUCUGGAAAGGAGAAUUUGUUUAACAAUCAAGAAGCUUCUUUAAGUGUUGAUCAUUUCCAUUGUUCUUGUGACCCUAAUGUUUUAUUUAGGGGUGAUCUUGUAAGGAGAAAAUAGAUGCCAGUCAGCCUUAAGGGUUCAAGGGCUAAACCAAUGUAUAUUUGAUUUGAUUAUCUAUGUACUUCAAUUUCAUCAUGUUUUCCAUUUAGACAGAGGACUUUGAACCUUACUUUAAUGGAAGGAAAAGACUACUUCCCAGACCAUCAGAUUUGAGUUUUUACAACUGGGAAACACAAACUGCAACUUCAAAUCCCACUCCAAACUAUCAGGUAACAAACUGCAAUUUAUAAUUGUAAGUUGUCUCAUUUUUGUACCAACAAUCUUCUCCAGGAGUCUCUAAUGUUGUUGUUAAAGCUAGCCAACUGUCUCCAUACAAAAUACUCCACUUAAAAGAAUACUUGAUCUUUGCUUCCCCCAUUCCUGACCCUGAGACCUGUAGGAGAUGACUAAUGACCUAUCAAAUGAUUUGUUGUACUAUGACACACCAGACUUAGGAUUUAACAAUGGUCAGGUAACAUUAAACCAAGGGAAGGCUGAAUUUUUUUUAUGGCACAAUUAUGCCCCUCCACCAUGUAAAUUACAGAGCUGCAAGUUAAAAUGUUCUUAAACAUACAUUAGUAAGCCAGUACUUCUGUUGGUGUGCUGAUCAUUAGGCAAAUCAGUCUUCGAUCUGAUUUUUCACAACCACCUUUUGUCACCCUAUACUUAGUUGCAAAAUAAAGAGGAAUGAAAUGACGACCAGGUAAUUACUUUCCAGGUCAUUGCUGAAAAUUCCUCAGGUUUGCUUUUCAAGAACAAGAGAGACAGAAAAAUAUUGAAUGUGGAUCCAAAGGUAAAAAUUAAACUGACAUUUUGCCACAAAAAGUUAUUGUCUUCCCUACCCUAUACUGACUGAUUGUCUGACUGAUUGACUGACUCUCUGACUGUUUGACGGACUGGUAAUUGGUAACCAGUCAACUCGCCGACGGACCAACUCGCCGACGCCAACUCGCCGACGUAUAAAAUCGAGUAGAGACGUCGGCGAGUUGGUCGUCAAUCCAAUACAACUUAUUAGAAGUUAAACAUACAGAAUAUUAAACGAUAUUUAGUAAAAAAAACACUGGUGAACAUUGGUGAACAUCUAACAGAAGCUUAAACAUUGGUGAACAUCACCAAUGACUAUAACAGCUUAAGACGCGAACGAGUUAUUGUGCGACAACAACACCGUAAAGACUCAUCAUUCAUCACUCAUCAGCCGACGUCUCUACUCGAUUUUAUACGUCGGCGAGUUGGCGCGGCGAGUUGGUCCGUCGGCGAGUUGACCGUAAUUCGACGGACUGACUGAUUGUCCUAGUGACUCUCUGACUGACUGACUGACUGACUGACUGACUAACUGAUUGUGUGACUAACUAAUGGACUCUGAAUAACUAACUGACUGACUGAUGAGUGACUGGGUAAUUUAGUGUUAUCAGCUGAGUUGAAAAUGUAAAUUGGCCACCACAAAGAGUUUAUAGGCUAAAGGCUGAAGUGACUGACUGACUGAUAACUGACCAUCUGACUAAUUGGCUGACUGUCUGACUGAUUGACUGUCUGACUGACUGACUGAUUUAUUUUCUGAACAACUGACUGACUGAUGACUUAUUGAACGACUGAUAACUGACUGUCUGAUGGAUUAAUUGUCUGACUGACUGACUGUUUUAAUGUCUAAUAGUCUGACUGAAUGACUGACUGUCUGUCUAAAAAACUGACUGACUGACUGACUGACUUUCUUACUAUUGUGAUUAACUAUCUUAAUAACUGAAAGUCUGACUGACUGAUGACUGAUUGUUUGACUAACUGAUUGACUGUCUUAAUACCUAACACUCCUACUGACUGACUAACAGUCUGAUUAACUGACUUACUGACUGUCUGAAUUACUGAUGACUGACUCACUAAAUGAUUAGAGUCUGACUGACUGAGUUAUUGAUUGAUUGACUGAUUGAUUGAUUGAUUGAUUGAUUGAUUGAUAGGCACUAACACCUGGCGACAACUCGGCAAGGAUUCCCAUUGAAACUGCAAAAUAUAUUCAAGUGGUAAUCUACGAUCACAUUACUCGGAGAAAGACGUAAUGCACAAUCUGCAAGGUUGUUUAUGAUAUGGACACAUUGAAAUGUAAAUAUUUGAUCCUGUUAUAUAGGCGUUAUAUGAAAUCACAUUAUUGUAAUUGAUAUAACCCAUUUUUUUCUUUGUGUUGUGAGAUUCUGCUGGUUACCAUGUUUAUUUUGAGUACUAAACUCCAUAGCGGAUUAAAUGUGAACCUCAAAAAUUGAGGUUGUUAAGUAUUCAUAUAUUCAGGCUAUUGUUCUUUCUCA